CUCUUCGGCUGCCGUCGCCGCGUCUUCCGGGCGUGCUCAUUGCGCGCCUGCGCGCUGCAGAGUGCAGUUCGUUUCUCCCUCAGCCAGGAAGGACGUGCUGAGGUUGGCAUACCCAUCGAGGACAGUAACUACCAUGGCAUCCAGCGCUUUGGCGAAACCUCAGAUGCGUGGCCUCCUGGCCAAGCGUCUGCGCUUUCAUAUUGUUGGAGCAGUCAUUGUAGCCCUGGGGGCUGCAGCUUUGUAUAAGUUUGGUGUGGCUGAACCAAGAAAGAAGGCAUAUGCAGAUUUCUACAGAAAUUAUGAUUCUAUGAAAGAUUUUGAGGAGAUGAGGAAGGCUGGCGUCUUUCAGAGUGCAAAGUGAUUUUGGAACAUAAAAGAAUUACAUAGAAGUUUGUCACAACCUGUGUUCCUGAGCUAUGAAUAUGUGGGCUGGAAUAGUUUCUCUUGGUAAAUAAACCAUUAACAAAUACUGUGAA